ACACCGCCUCACCCCCCCUCCGCACGGAAUGGUCUCGCCCCCUAGUGAAGGCGGCGCCGGGUGACAGCAUCAGGCGGCGCCCUGGGCGGAACCAAGUCUCGGGAAGAGAGGGGUGUUUGUGUGCGGUAAGGUGAGCGCGGGCGCCAGUGGAAAUGGAGCAGUCAUACAGAGAGUGAGUGAGUAAAGCUGAAGGUACUACAGUUAUACCUCUCUGAAAGAAAGAGGACCAGAGUAGGGGGGCAUCUGUUGCCCCCAUAAUGGCUUCAGAUUUGGGAAAUGCCUGCAUAUUGGAUCCUCCAUCUGUGCCUCAUGUGGAGCCUCAGGUACCACAGAAAAAAAUUAAUAGGAAGGGAGGUUUGCCGGAGGCCAAGAGAAAAGGACGGGCCAAGCGGCAGAACAAAGAUGCAGAGGAACUGCUCAUGGGCAUGCAGCGGUUGGAUCUCAUCACAGAAUGCACAGUGCCAGUAGGGACAGGCCUGGUUUUGGAUGAGCGGAUGACAAAGUUUUACUGCCCAUGGGAUGAGAGUUUCCCAGAGUGUCCAGAACGGCUGGUGGCCAUCCAAGACAAAUUGCUGCAAUGUGGACUGCUGGAGCGUUGUGUCUCAGUGCUGGCUCAAGAAAUUUCAGAGGAAGAGAUUCUCUUGGCUCACAGUCAGGAGUACCUGGCACUGAUGAAAUCAACUAAAACAAUGAGUGAGGAUGAGCUAAGAUCUCUGUCAGAUACGUAUGAUUCAGUCUAUCUGCAUCCAAAUUCCUACCACUGUGCCUGCCUUGCUGCUGGAUCCGUCCUGCAACUUGUGAAGAAGGUGUUGUCUGGGGAGCUCCGUAAUGGGCUUGCUGUGGUCAGGCCACCUGGACACCAUGCUCAGCACAACAAAAUGGAUGGCUACUGCAUGUUCAACAGUGUAGGCAUUGCAGCCCAAUAUGCCCGGCAGAAAUUGGGAGUAGAGCGAGUGCUUAUUGUUGACUGGGAUGUGCAUCAUGGACAAGGCACCCAGUACCUAUUUGAAGACAAUCCCAGUGUCCUUUAUUUCUCCAUCCAUCGUUAUGAAGGGGGCAACUUCUGGCCACACCUUCUGGAAUCUGACAGUCAUGCUGUGGGCAGAGGUCGCGGAGAGGGGUACAAUAUCAAUGUGCCAUGGGACCAGAUAGGAAUGCGAGAUGCUGACUACCUCUCUGCCUUUUUGCACAUCCUGCUACCUGUGGCCUUGGAGUUUCAGCCCCAGCUGGUACUGGUUGCUGCUGGUUUUGACUCUGUAAUUGGUGACCCCAAGGGGGAAAUGUCUACCACUCCAGGAUGCUUUGCUCAUUUGACACAUCUGCUGAUGCUUCUCUCUGGAGGCAAGCUGGUUCUGUCUCUGGAGGGUGGAUACAAUCUCCAGUCCUUGGCAGAGGGAACCUGCACAGUCCUCAAGGCUCUUCUAGGAGACCCCUGCCCUCUGCUGGAAUCACCCCUCACACCUUGCAGCAGUGCCCUUCUCUCUGUGUCCCAGACCCUUGCAGUUCACAGCAAGUAUUGGAAGAGCUUGAGGAGGAUCAGUGUUGAUGUGCCUCAGGCGAAUGGAGGAGAACUAAGUGAAGUUUUGCAGCCAGCCAGCCCCGCAUCAUUAAAUGAGAUCCUGUCCAAGUCAGCAGCUGAACUGAUGCGAUCCCAGCCACCUUCACGGACAGGGCUGGUCUAUGAUGAAAAGAUGACAGAGCAUUACAAUAUGUGGGACAGUCAACAUCCAGAGCUGCCUCAGAGAGUUUCCCGGAUUUUCCAGCGCCAUGGGGAGCUACGUCUCACAGAACGAUGCUGUCGGCUCCCAGCUCGGCUUGCCUCGGAAGAGGAGUUGCGAAUGUGCCACAGCCUGGCCUAUGUAGAGACAGUGAAGUCAACAGCCACCAUGAAGCCCCGCGACCUACAUCGCCAGGGUGACCAAUACAAUUCCAUCUACAUCUGCACCAGCUCCUAUGAAUGUGCCCGCCUGGCGGCUGGUUCUGCCUUCAGUGCAGUUGAGGCUGUACUGUCUCAGAAGGUCCAAAAUGCUGUGGCCAUCGUCCGACCACCUGGACACCAUGCUGAAUCAGACACCGCCUGUGGCUUCUGCUUCUUCAACUCUGUGGCCUUGGCUGCUCGAUAUGCACAGCGCCUGGCUGGGCGGCCUAUGAGGGUGAUGAUACUAGAUUGGGAUGUUCACCAUGGCAAUGGGACACAGCACAUGUUCGAAAAUGAUCCCAGUGUCCUGUAUGUUUCCAUCCACCGCUAUGACAAUGGAACUUUCUUCCCUACGUCUGAUGAUGCAGACUAUGACCGGGUGGGCUUAGGACCUGGCAAGGGCUUCACCCUUAAUGUGCCUUGGAACUGCCCUCGGAUGGGAGACCCUGAGUACUUGGCUGCCUUCCACCAGAUUGUCAUGCCUGUUGGCUAUGAGUUCAAUCCGGAGCUAGUCCUGGUUUCUGCUGGUUUUGAUGCUGCUCGGGGAGAUCCGCUGGGUGGAUGCCUUGUGACCCCUGAAUGUUACGCAUACAUGACCCACCUGCUCUUGGGGCUGGCAGGAGGCAAGGUGGUGGUUGUGUUGGAGGGUGGCUACAACUUAGAAUCCAUUUCAGAGUCCAUGACCAUGUGCACCCGCAGCCUCCUGGGGGACCCUCCCCCCACCAUGGGACGCCUAAAGGUUCCCCACCCCAGUGCUCUGCAGUCUUUGGCCUGUGUAGCAUCUGUGCACCGCAAGUACUGGACAAGCCUCCGACUGGAAGUGCCUGCUCCUUUGUGGGAGAAGCCCAGGACUCGGGCUGGUAAGGGAACUCCCAUUGCAGACGAAUUCCCCAUAAAGCCUCCGCAGGAGUUGUUUCAGAGCCCCAUAACUCAACCUGGGAAGACUGAUGAUGAUGUGGUUCUGGCUUUGAGCUCCCUCCAAAUAGAGGAUAAACCUGUGGAGGAAGGAGACACAGCUUCAAGCUCUCUCUCACCUGCCUCCAGUUCGGUGGGUGAAGAGGCUCAGCCAAAGGUUGGGGGCUCCUCUGAAGAGACUGAGCCAGCAGACGAUAGCCAGAGAGAAAGCAUGUCAACAGGGAGUUCCUCUGGUGAUGUGGAGUCCUCAGACAAAGAGGCAGAAGUGAGUCCACCUAAUCAGCCCCCUCAGACAGUGGAAGUUGAGAUUGAGCUACUUGAUGAAGCCACAGGUGGCUGUUCUUCCUUCUGCAAGAAGCUUGAAGAUAAUUUGGAAGAUGGAGGGCUGUUCUAUGCUGUAACCCCCUUACCAUGGUGCCCACAUCUUGAAUCAGUGUUACCUGUGCCUCCUGCUGGUCUGAGUGUGCUGGAGCCUUGUUCAGAAUGCGGCAGCAUAGCUGAGAAUUGGGUCUGCCUGGUUUGCUACAAGGUUUGCUGUGGCCGCUAUAUUAAUCAGCACAUGUUAGCUCACAAUUCAGAAUCGGGGCAUCCACUGGUGCUCAGCUUUGCAGACCUCUCUGCCUGGUGCUAUGAAUGCCAAGCCUAUGUCCACCACCCGACUCUCUUCGAAGCCAAGAGCCUGGCUCACAAAAUGAAGUUCGGAGUGGACAUGGCUGCACCUUCCUAAUGUGACUCCAUUUGGAGGGAGGAGCUAAUAAUAACGAAUGCAGCACAAUCUACCAUCAUUUGACCUCAACAGAAUUGAACCUGAUGCUUAAAAGGGCUCUUGAUGUGCCAAAAAUAGCCAGCGAUCAUCAAUGCAAUACUACCAGCAGCCAUGAAUCAAAUACCAGCAACCUCACUGUUUCCACUAGGACAAAGAAUAUUCUCUUCUAGUGCAUUCCAUGACAGGGCACAACCAAAUCAGACAGCACUGGGAGGUGGAGGGUAGUCCUUUGCUUCUGGUCAGAAUUGGUUUGCUCUUCUCAGUGCUAAGAAAACACCAGUGUCAUUUUUACACCUUAGGAGGAUGGGGUGAAUCUUUGACUGCUCCAUUUCAUGUAUCUGAUCAUAUGGCACAGCAUUUUUGUUCCCACUCCCAAACUGGUAUAUAUUUCACUGAGUUACCUUGCUCAUCAUUUCAUUCUCAGCUGGGAAAGCCCAUGCUGAAUUUGCAUGGAGGGGGGAAUAUAUAUUAAUUAGUUUUUUUCUUUCCCCCCCCCCCCCAAGAUCUCCUCAGAAAUGUUCUGCAACUAGUUGAGACAAACGUUUGUUUUGUGCAGUUGGAUUCCUUUGGCUACAAGAGGUUCAUAUCCGGAAAGCUUGAAACAGAAGCUUCUGGUUGGAGUCCAUGCUCCUUUAAAUGGGUGUGGAGUGGGAUGGGAAAGUUUCAUAGGUAUAUACAUAUAUAUUGGAUGGCAAUCUUUGGGAUUUUUUAAAAUUCAAAUCCCUCCUGUUACCAGUUCCUGCAUGUGGGAGCACAGUGGUCCCUGAUGUUAGAAAGGAGUUUUCUCUCAAUUAUAAGGAUAGGGUAUGAUCUGUAAAACGGCAGCUGGCUGUUCUUCCUGACCUUGAGAAGGGCUUGGAUCAUGAUUCUAAGGCCAAAUGCUCACCUUUUCCUCUCUUGUAUAUUGGUGUGGGGACUCUUGCUCUCCAGAUAUUUUGAAUUACAAGUAUCAUAAUCCCUUGACCAUAUUACUUGGGGCUUCUGGAAACUGAAGUUCAAAAUAGUUGGAGCAGUAGUUCUUCAAACUUUGGUCAGCUAGAUGUUUUUAGAAUUCAGCUUCCAGAAUCUUUGACCAUUGUCCAAGCUGCUUUGCAGCUUGGACAGUGGUCAAAGAUUAUGGGAGCUGAAAUAUAAAAAUAUCUGGAGGACCAAAGUCUGAGAACUACUGAGAGGGCCAAAGAAUCUCCCACCCCUUCUGUAUAUGGAUUCAAAACCUUGUAUGUGUACCUGUGGGCAAAUUAAUAAGUGUAGCUGAUCUUAUGUGAGGCAAGGUGACUGAACCACAUAAGUGAAAUCGUUCUUUGCAAUUGAUGGCACAGAUAUGGGAUGCUAUUUAAAGCUCCCAGAAGCUGUUUUUCUCCCAUAUAGAAUUCCCUCUAUCAUUUGGGUAAUGCAAUUUUGAUAAGACAGGGGAGGCCAUGAUGCAAAAAUGUUUGUGGGAAAUUCUUGGCAGUGUUUCAAGACUGGCUUUUCUAAUGGGGGACCCAUAUUGGAAGGUAAACGGAGAAGAGGGUGGUAUUGGUGUCUAGCCACUGUGUUUUCUCAUGGCAUCCCCUGACUGCUUCCAGAAAUGGUGGAUAUAGAAUGCCUUGCAGUUCCUAGGCAGUGGGAGAUUCUGGACCAGCACAGAUUUUCUUUUUUCCUAUCACGUCUCUUGGGACCAGUAAAACAACUGAAUAGGAAAUGAAGAGGAGGCAAAAGUAAUAACACCCAUACUAUUGCAAGAGGAGCAGAGAAUGUUGAGUUGAAGAUGGAGCCGGGUGUUGAGGUGGGAGGGGUGGAUUAAUGCCCAUCAAGCAUCUCUUCUGCCAGGGCCGGCCCUGGUGGAUUUUGAGAUGUAUGGAUAUGGUCAGUUAAAUUUGUGCCGUGGUAUAAAAACAGGGUGAGGGAGAGGUGGUUCCAUUAUAGCCUGCCCCAAAUCCUUUGCAUAUGUUUCUCUGCUUGAUUUUGUAAUCUUUUUAAUUAUUCCAAAUAAAGUGUUUCUGUGAAUGGA